CAUCUCUUCUAUCCCUAGUUGAUCAAUGGUUUAGGUUCAAGUUUUACGAACCUAAUGCAGAACAUCGAGUGUUAUGAACGCAAUUUUGUUGUUUUUCGUUUUCGCCAGGUAUAUAAAUGCUUUGGAAACUCUUCAUUAAUAAAGGAAUGUUUUUAUUUACGAAAGUAUAACUGAAAAGAGACAAACACGAAAAUUAAAGGUGAAGAACUGGAGAAAGAAGCACGAAAAAGAGCAUAUAGAAUAAUUUUACGAUUCGAGACUUGGUAAAUAGUGUGGUAGUCAACAAUAAAAAAUUACUCCUACUAGCGGUUAUUUUAACGAUUUCAAGAAAAUGUAAAGACAUCUUCAAUAAACAAUUUUGGAUAUGCUGAGUUCAAGAUGCAGGUUUUCACACUGAUUUUAAGUAAAGGAAUUUGAACGAAUUUAUUCUUUUAACAAAGGAACUGGAUUUUCACUUAGAGGAUCGAAUAUUGAAUGCGCUGAAAAUUCUCAAAGUUUCUCGAUACAAUUUAUUUUAAUCUUCGCUCCUAUAUAAUCCUCAAUUUUUAUUUGAAAGUUGGCGUAUUCGCUGAAAGUUUCGUAUAAAAAUGGUACCACUUGGACCAUCACCAGGUCAUCAAACAUCCGUCAAUAACACUGCAACUGCUCCAGCUAGUGGCACUAAAAGUAGCUCUACAUUGAAACCAAACUAUACUUUGAAGUACACGUUGGCAGGUCACACCAAAGCAGUUUCCUCUGUAAAGUUUAGUCCUAAUGGGGAAUGGCUAGCAAGCUCUUCUGCGGAUAAAUUAAUUAAGAUAUGGGGAUCCUAUGAUGGAAAAUUUGAGAAAACCAUAUCUGGCCAUAAACUUGGUAUUUCGGAUGUAGCAUGGUCUAGCGAUAGUAGACUAUUAGUAUCUGCUUCUGACGAUAAAACUUUAAAAAUAUGGGAAUUAAGUUCUGGGAAGUGUUUAAAAACUUUAAAAGGUCAUAGCAACUAUGUUUUCUGUUGCAAUUUUAAUCCACAAUCGAAUUUAAUAGUUUCUGGUUCUUUUGAUGAAAGUGUCCGGAUAUGGGAUGUUAGAACUGGAAAAUGUCUGAAAACGUUACCCGCUCAUUCAGAUCCUGUAAGUGCGGUUCAUUUUAAUAGGGACGGUUCAUUAAUUGUGUCUAGCAGUUACGAUGGAUUAUGUCGAAUUUGGGACACCGCAUCCGGCCAAUGUCUGAAAACUUUGAUCGACGAUGACAAUCCUCCUGUAUCUUUUGUAAAAUUUUCACCAAAUGGAAAAUAUAUUUUAGCGGCGACGUUAGACAAUACGUUAAAACUUUGGGAUUAUAGCAAAGGAAAAUGUCUGAAAACGUAUACGGGUCAUAAAAAUGAAAAAUAUUGUAUCUUUGCAAAUUUUUCAGUUACUGGAGGAAAGUGGAUUGUAUCGGGUUCAGAAGAUAAUAUGGUGUACAUUUGGAAUUUGCAGACUAAGGAGAUUGUUCAAAAAUUACAAGGUCAUACAGAUGUUGUACUGUGUACGACGUGUCAUCCAACCGAUAAUAUUAUAGCCUCAGCCGCCCUUGAAAACGAUAAAACUAUCAAAUUAUGGAAAAGUGACACAUAGAAUAUACGAUUUUAUUAAAAAUAUUCUA